CGGAUGCUGAUUGCGCCAUGGUAAGCAAAACGGAUUACCAGUACAAGAGCUGCCUCGACGCGACAGGUUAUUACGGCUGCAUGUUUCCAUCUUACUGUCCCGGAAAUUACUCCCAAUACAUGGGCGGCUGUUACCAGGCUAUCAAGGAUUUUGGCACUACGCCCCUCGAUGCCAUUUUUCACUGCUCCACCCUAGGAGGCGCCCUGGCCGUCCCACACAAUGUUGCCACCUUGGGGUUCUUGGAUUUGCUCGUCAAGAAACUUCAAAACGGAACGUCAGCCCUACCAACAUCUGCUAUAAUUGGGCUUAACAAUGCCAAGAACGGUGAUUUCACACUGGGAGGGCUAUACACGGUCGGCGCGGACGUGACGGCUAAGGCCACUGGGCCCGAGCUCUAUUACGCUCUAGAUGUCUCAACGAGCGGAGCACCAGCGCUGAUUUCCAUACCCAUUACCAAGGCAGAUCUCACGACAGCCGUCUGCCAGUUCCCUGGAUAUUCUGAUUGUAUGACGGACCCGCCUCCACCCUCGCUCACAUUUGCACGAGUCUGGGAUAACAGCACAACAGUAGCUACGGAGGUUUCCUACAACUGCUACCCAGGUUACUUUGUGAAUGGAAACAUUACCGUGAAGAACAACACCUUGAAAUGUUAUGGACAACUUGGAGAAUGGCUUCCGAGUACCCCCUUCGACUGCAUUGUGCUCGACGUAUGCAACGACACGCAACUUCCAACCUACGAACACGUAGUGGUCACGAAAAGCGUCAACCACACGCACCUCAAUGGCACAGCCCAUUUCGCAUGCCCAGCAGGUAUGGGUGCCCUCGUCAACGCCUCUGCAGUUACGGCGCAAAACACGACUUGCAUAGACACCCUGGAUCCUGUUGCUCCGUACUCAUUCAGACCAGUGCCAGCUCCAUGUAAUGUCUGCAUAGCAGAGCCAAUUCUAAUAAAUGCCACCAGUGACUGGGUCAACACAACUGUUUGGUACGUCAAUUCUACGAUCACCGUCACGUGCAACUCAAGCUACGAAUGGAAACUCUUUAACACGACCCAGGUCAUCCCCUGCACCCCCACAGGAUGGGCAGUUCCUAUGCCCUGUUAUGAAGCAUGCACAGCCCUUCCUCCGGCGGCUGGGACCAAUAUGACCGCCAGUAACCUAACAAGCAACAGAGUAGGGGCCACCGUGACUUACAACUGUACAGCUGGCAGCUAUUUCAGUCCCUCACAGCUGUAUCCUAACGCCGUCGCAAGUCAUACCCAAACCUGCCACACCAACUUGACCUGGCAGCCUGCCAAUUUCAACCUAACAACCUGUCUUCAAGUAUGCUUAGGAAAUCCACAAGGGGCACCACUGAAUGGAACGACCACCUGGGAUGGCAUCACACGAUCAUCUCAGACGCUAGUGACGCUGGCAUGUCCCGCCGGUCAGCAACUGGGCGAUGGAAAUACAACGAAGGUCGUAACUUGCCAAAACAACGGCAACUGGACCACUGUUGAUCCCGGUCUCAUGGUCUGUCGAACACCGGUGAAUGUACCCUUCCCGGACCUUCCUCCUGAAAUGACCAUUCAAGGGCUUCCCCCUGGAGGCCUGGCCUGGCAGGACCUCCAGAUCAACUUCACUUGCCCGAACAACACGAUGUUCUCCGACGGACGGUCCUACAUAACGAUAACGUACAACGGCACGGUGUGGCUGGGAUACGAAGCAAAUUUCGCCUGUCUCAACACCUGCAGUUCGGACCCACUGCCUCCAUACAACACUAUUCAAUACAACUACACAGGAAUCAAGACGAUUGGAACAUUAGUUGCCUACUACUGCGUGGGAGGGCGCUUCGUCAACAUGGACCCUUACUACUACAGCUACUGCGACGGGCAGACGUGGAACCUGACGGAUAUGCCCCCGUGUGAAUGUAAGUUUCUAAGUUCAAUUGAGAGUGAAAUACUUAUGCACUUUAACCCGGUAGGGGAGGUAACGCCGCCAGUAUAACUCGAGUUGCACCGCAGGCAUUAAUUAAAGUUCUUUGCAACGUCCCUUCGGCCCCUAGCUGCAGCAUCUUUCAUUCCUUUAACUAUACCUUCGUUCAUAUUCUCUUUCUUCGAUCUUACUUUCCACCCUCGCCUAAGAAUCGUUUCAACUUCAUUUUCAGCGCCAAAUGACCUUCUAGGUCGUAGCGAUUGGCCUAAAUUUUAUAAUCCAAUUCCAAUUCUAUUUGUUACAUUGAAAAUAUUCGGUAACGUCACUGAAGUCCUGAUUUCUCCUCUGUGCGCUGGUUUGAAUCCACGACAGGACGAAAUUAUUAUCAACUAAAACAUUCCUCUUCGGUUAACAAAAAUGAAAAUAUAUUAAUUUUGAGGUAGAACGAGUUGCAUAUUAAAGGACAUUUGUAGCUUAAUGCAUGUAUCUACAUUAUAACGAAAUUUUUCGUGAAUCUGAUCAAUUCUCUUUAUCAGUCAGAUCGAUAAAGGGAAUCGACCAAGUUCUCGAAAGCUCCCGUUGCAUAAGUAUUUUUAAACAUAUACACUAAUAUCUAUGUGGAGUUUUCCGCCAUUUUAGCGAUUAGUGUGAUUAUGAGAUUUUUAUAAAUAACGUAUCUGUUAGCGUAAUUCUUGUACUAAAGUAGAGCAUGUUGCACUUGGAACCAAGAAAAAACAAAUAAAUAGUUAGCCAAACAUAACAAUAUGAUAGGAACGAUUCUUAUGUCUAAAACCCAUAAGGCAAGACACAAUAAAAAAAAAUCUACCAUUUCUACCGAUGAAAAAAACGUGGAAGUAUAAUCGGAAAAUCAACAACUUUUAUCAAAUUUCCAUAAAUACUUUAUCAAACCAUUAGUUUUAAAUGAUUAAGUUUAUGAAUUGAUAAAAAUUCUCUUAAAAGCUGCUGCUAACAGGAACAGUAAUUAUUACUGAAAAUACUUUUCUGAUAUUUAAAAAAAAAAAAACUAAAAAAAUUUAAACAUUUGCUCAUUUUUUAUUGCAUUAUCUGAAGUUAGCAAUUGCUUCUCCAUUAUAAAAUGUACAGGCAACCAAACUAAAUAAUAUUUAACUAUGAACACUCACCAUUUUCCAUUUCUAUCAUUCACAUGUCCCGUCCGUUCAACGAGUACCUCAUUAUCCACUGUGGUGAGUAUACUUUGAUCAUAGAACUAAAUAAUACCUUAUUCAUAGAACUAAAUACUAUCUUAUUCAUAGAACUAAAUAGCCUACAUUUCAUACAAAAAAGGUACUACAUUCAAAAUCUGUAAUCCCAACAUUCAAAUAAUUACAACAGGUUCAUGCAUUCGAUUUUUCUUAGAAGAAACAGAAGACAUACCUUCAUUUGCAUGGAAUACAGAUUAUUCAGAGCUAGAGGCUAAUAAUUCCAUGAUAUAUAAUUUAUAAUCCUAAUGAAAGUCUAAAUGUAAUAAUGUAAUGAAUAUAAGGCAUAUAUACAUACAUGUAUAUUAUAUGUAUGUAUGUAUACAUUCAAUGCUUCAAAAGAAACAACAGGCCAAGUACUCUCGUGUAUUUAACACAUCUUCAGGGCAUAGAGCAGUGCCCCACAGAAGUGUCAAAUACACAAAAGUUUUUGGCACUAUGUCGUUUCUCUCUAAACAUUUCUUGUGGAUUCAGCCUAUGUGUGUUUCAUUUUAAAUCACGAAGAAAUAAAAAAUGUGAUGAUUAUACGAACAAAGUUACAGCCACGAAGGAAAAUUCAAAGACCGGAGAUGCUAAGUACUUUCGUCUUAUUACCAA